CCGCAUAAUUGGACGCAUCAAUAGCCUCAUUUGGCCUGAAUUUUCAAUAGGAGACUUGAAGUUGGUGCGAAUAUUUUUGGCGGGAAAUAUCACCAAUGGAGAAUCAGUUGUUUAAAAAGUUUGAUUUAUAUUAAAUAUACGACGACUUCCUAUUUACUUUAGCAACCAUGUUGUAGGAUUUUGAUGAGUUAAUUUAUGGUGUAAAUUGAAAUUUUAAAUAUAUUGGAUCUGUUGUCGAUACGAAGGCGAAGAAAAGAAACACACAAUGGAAGAUUGUGAUUUGCCCGAAGAAUACUAUGCCUACGGAGAUAUUGACAAGUACGAAGACCAAAUAGCCGAUGAUCUUGAUGCUUUAGAUGAUUUGGACGCAGAGGAUUUCCCUGUGGUAAAAUCUAGAACUUCAAAGCAGAAUGAAUCUAUAAAUAAAGGGAAACAUUCAAAUGGACAAGCAGACUCUUUCAAAGUGUUAUCUUCAAACUCAAAGUUUACUGUUGAAGAGAUUGAUGAUGAGGACUUUCUGGAGAGUCUUGCUCCAAGACUUCCAAAAUCGAAGAGGUUGAAAAUAGAUGAACAAAUUGUUGGUGAUGAUGAUGAUGAUGAUUUGGAGUCAUUUUCUGAUCCUGUUAUACAAAGUGAACCAAUUCGAAUUGUGCCAAGCAGAAAGUAUGUCCAUAGACUUCCACCACUUGGAAAAGAUCACAUCACUAUAACAGAUACAGAAGGAAGAAGAGUCUUUCUUCCUAUUGAGAAAGCCAGUGAAGAUAUCUAUUCUGCUGGUAAACCAAAGGCAAGCAACACAAGCCUUCUUCAGAUUCCAUUUGAAAAUCUCAGAGAAAUUGUUGAUGCUAAGCGUCAUGCAGAUCUAAUAAAAAGAGCCAAUGCAGUUAGGGACAUUGAUCAUGGCAAUCUUGAUGAUGAUAUAUUUGAUGUGAACGAAGAAACAGAAGAGACCUCAGAUGUCCCUGAAAUGGAUACAUCACUCUGGGUGGAAAAGUUUACACCUAAAAAGUUUAGAGAGCUACUAAGUGAUGAUGGAACAAACAGAAUUUUAUUGAAGUGGUUGAAGUUAUGGGAUGAGUUUGUUUUUGGAAAGAAUCAGAAAAAUAAAGUAAAACGGAAUAAUUUUAAAAGCAGUAUUCAAGAAAAGCAGAACAAUGAUAAUGCAAAAAAGUUUGGGAAGAGGAAACAAAACUGGGAUUACGAGGAAGAAAUGGUAACAGAUCACACAGGAAGGCCAAAAUUCAAGAUUGCUCUCCUUGCUGGCAAUCCUGGAUUGGGAAAAACUACCCUUGCUCAUGUUGUCGCAGAGCAUGCUGGUUAUAAUGUUGUGGAAAUGAAUGCAAGUGACGACAGAUCAGCUGAACUGUUCAGGAACAAACUGGAGACCACAACCCAAAUGAAGUCUUGUCUUGGGGAUGGAAACAAACCAAACUGCCUCAUUAUUGAUGAGAUUGACGGUGCUCCAUUGCAAGCAAUAAAUGUCUUAAUCCAGGCUGCCAAAGAAACUGAGGAAUCAACAUCAAAAAAGAAGAAAAAGUCCAGACUGACACUAACCAGACCAAUCAUAUGUAUUUGCAAUGACUUGUAUGUCCCAGCUCUGAGGCAACUGCGCCAGGUGGCCAUGACUUUAUCGAUUUCUCAGGUUGUUCAAGGUCGGUUGGCCCAACGGUUAUUCGAGAUAUCUCGAAAACAGCAAAUGAAAGCCGACAUGGGGUGCUUGCUGGCGUUGUGUGAAAAGUCUGAGAAUGACAUCAGAUCUUGUAUCAAUACACUUCAAUUUAUGUUUAAGAAGCAUGGAGAGUUAAAACCGGAACAUUUGCAAAGUAUCAGUAUCGGACAGAAGGAUUUCCAAAAGGGUCUUUUCUUCAUUUGGAAGUCGAUUUUUCAACUACCGAAGCCAAAUCGCAAGCAUUUUGGGUUCCUUCAGCAGCUGAAGAAAGACGGUGCUGGGCAGAAUACUCUUGCCUUGUCAGGUGUUCAAAAUGAGUUCGGCCCAUCAAAGGCUCAAACGAGCAAUUCUCUUCGCUUUCAUAAUAUUUUGCACUUGGCUUCAUCCAAUUCAGAGUUCGAGAAGAUGACACAAGGGUUGUUUGACAACUACUUGAAUAUGAAAUCAAAAGAUCCUCAUCUUGAGACUGUCGUACAAUGUGCCAGUUGGCUUCAGUUUGGCGAUCAUUUGGAGAAAAAGAUUCGUUCUCAACAAGCCUUCGUUUUCAUGCGAUUCUACCCCUUCUUACCCGUUGCAUUUCACAUGUACCUGGCGAGGCCUUUGGCGCCAAAACUCAGCUACAGCAAUAGUGCCGUCGAGUUCCAUACUAGAGUAUCUCAUUCCAAACAACUAUUAGAAGCCAUAACAAGUGAUAUCAAACCAAGCGUCAGGAAAAAUGUUGGAAAUCUGUCUUCCGUACAAGAUUUAUUUCCGUACUUAUAUGAAAUCAUUCAUCCAACAUUGAGGCCUGUGAAUGUUCAAUUAUAUAGCCAAAGCGAGAAGAAUAAACUUUUGAAUUUGAUCUUGACCAUGAUUUCAUACAACUUAUCAUACAAUCAAGAGCGGAAUGUUGAUGGCCAGUACACCUAUGUCCUGCAACCCAAUUUUGGAGAGCUGGUUGCAUUCCCAACACUACCUCAACAUAAACAGCUGAGUUAUGCAUCAAAGCAACUUGUCCAACGUGAGAUUGAUCUUGAAAAAAUGAGAAAAAUAGAGCAAGCUCUUCAGCAUUUGGAAGUUGAUACGCAAGGAAAGGAGAAAAGCAAGCAAAAAGGACAACCUACAGCAAAAACUGUCACAGAAAUGAAACCAAUUGCCAUAAAGCCUGUCAAAACAAAGCCUACACUGGACUUCUUUGGACGUGAAAUUGUCAAAGCAAAAGUGUCAGAGAGCCAGAAGCAGAAAAAGGCAUCUUUGGUAAACACACAAGUUUGGUUUAAAUUUAAUGAAGGCUACAGCAAUGCUGUUAGAAGAACAGUCAAACUGCAAGAUUUCAUGUAAUUUGUUGUAUAUUUACAUUUAACUGU